AUGCAAAACUGUAAACACCAGCAGCAGCAGCAGCAGGAGCAGAAGGAACAGCAACAACUGCCGCAGCAGCAGAGACUCUGGGCUCUGCUGCUGCUGCUGCUUCUGCUGGAACUGCUUUCCGUGGUUACUGGUACUGCCGCCCCUUGUGUGUUGGCAGCCGCAGCCGCAGGAGAUGGAGGCAGCAGCAGCAACUGUUGCUGCAAAAGCAGCAGCAGCAGCAGAACCAGCAGCACCGCAGCAGCACCAACUCGACUUGCUGCCCCCGCGUGGGCUCCAACUCCCCUAGUUAACGCCUACGUCGCAGCAGCAUCGAAGACUCGCCCAGACAAAAAAAGCAGCAGCAGCAGCAGCAGCAGUUUCAGCAGCAUCUUUAGCAACAGCAGCAUCAGGAGUUUCAGCACCAGCAUCAGCAGCUUCAUCAGUAGCAGCAGCAGGGUUUGCUGCACACCUGACGUGGGCAGUGGGUUAAGCCAUUGGCAGCAGUCCCCCGUAGCAACGCAGCGGCUGCUACUUCGUCGUCGGCUGCAGCAACUGGAGCAGCAGCAGCAGCAGCAGGAGAACAUCGACAAGCAGCUGCGGCAGCAGCAGCAGCAUGUGAACUUUGAGCUCCAGAAAAUAUCCUCUGCCGUCCUUGACGGCAACUUGGAUUCAGCGGAAGAGCAGCAGCAACAGCAGCAGCAGGAAGAACCGCAGCAGCAGCAACCGCAGCAACAGCAUUCGCGGCAGCAUCAGCAUCAAUCGCGGCAGCAGGUGCAGCAUCACCAGAAGCAACAGCAGCAUCCUCAUCCGCAGCAUCAGCAUCAGCAGCAGCAGCACCAUCAGCAGCAGCAGCAGCAGCAGUACGACGUGCUGGUUGUUGGGGGGGGCCAUGCAGGGAUAGAAGCUGCGGCUGCAGCAGCACGAUUGGGCUUGCAUGCAUGCAUUGCCAGCCCCGGUGGUAUUCUUUCUUUGGGGGUGUUGUCUUGCAAUCCUUCUGUAGGCGGCAGCGGCAAGAGUUUGCUGCUAGCGGAAGUAGAUGCAUGCGGGGGCCUAAUCGGUCGUGCUGCUGAUGUUGCUGCACUGCACUGGAAAGUAUUAAAUAUAUCAAGGGGCCCAGCAGCAUGGGUUACGCGUGUGCUGCUGGAUCGCUGUCUCUUUGCUUCCUGCAUGCGCCGGUUUGCUGCUGUUUUUCCUACUCUUUCCUUCUUAGAUGCUACAGCUGAAGAAAUCCUCGCUGAGCCCCUCCAGCAGCAGCAGCAGCAGCCGCAGCAGCAGAGGGUGUGGGGAGUGCGGCUGAAAGACGGGAGGGAAGUCGCUGCAGCAGCAGUUGUUGUUGCUGCGGGCACUUUCUUAGAUGCUGCUGUUGCUGUAGGCAGCAGCAAAGCACAAGGGGGGCGCAUGCAUUCGCUUGCCGAGGCAACAGCAGCAGCGGCGCGAAGUGCGCAGCAGCAGCAACAACAACAGCAACAACAACAGCAGCAGCAGCAGCUACCUGCAGAAAUUCUCCAUGUAGAAGCAGCAGCAGACGGGCUAGCGGCAUCUUUACAGCGCUUAGGGCUUGAGACAGCUUAUUUUAAAACAGGAACCCCCGCUCGCUUGUUGGGUUCUUCAAUUGAUUUUUCGCGUUUGGAGCGGCAGCCAUCAGAUUCUGUUCCCCGGCCUUUUUCAGGUGUACAUACACCUCAGCAACUGCGGAGGCGCCGACAUCGUUGGAUUGAUUGCUUUAUAACAAAAACUUCGCAGCAAACUAAACAAAUUGUGCUGCAGCAGCUGCACUCGCUGCCGAUACACCGCGGAAAUGAAGGCAAAGGAGUGGGGCCCAGAUACUGCCCCUCCAUCGCAAACAAGAUGCGUUUAUUUCCUCACAACGAGCAGCACAUAGUGUGGCUGGAGCCCGAAGACCGCGAUCUAUCGGUGGUGUAUCCUGGGGGUUUAUCAGGUGCUUUUUCUGCUGCAGUGCAGCAGCAGCUGCUGCACUCAAUAGAAGGCCUUGAAGCAGCAGUAAUGCUGCGCCCGGCCUAUGAUGUAGAAUAUCAGAUUAUUCGCGGCCGCCAACUUAAACCCUCCCUCGAAGCAAAACAUAUUCAAGGCCUCUUCUUUGCGGGACAAGUCCUGGGAACUACAGGUGCUUAUCAUCAUCCUGGUGCUGCUUCGGCCGCUGCUGCUGCUGCUGCUGCUGCGGGCGCUGCUGCUGCUUCUGCUGCGGGCGCUGCUGCUACGAGCGAUGCUACGGCUGCUGCUUCUGCGGGUGCUGCUGCUGCGGGCACUGCUGCUGCGUCCGCAGGUGCUGGUGCUGUGGCUGCUGUGGCUGCUGCGUCUGCGGGAUAUGAAGAGGCAGCAGCUUUGGGUUUGCUGGCGGGGUGGAACGCUGCGCUGUUUGUAUUAAGUCGACGCACAAAUAAAAAGAGCAGCAAAGCAGCAGCAGCAGCAGCAACAAAUACAGCAGAAGAGGCAACAGCAGCAGCAGCAACAGAUACCGCAGAAGCUGCAGCAGUAACAGCUACAGGUACAACAGAAGCAGCAACAGCAGCAGCUGCGGAAGCAAGAACAAUGAUUAGCGACAUCGUUGGGGGCCCGAGCAGCAACCGCAGCAGCAGCAACGGGAGCAGCAGCAAUAGCAGCAGCCCAAGCAGCAGCAGUACCAGUAGCAGCAGCAACAACAACAACACCGACAACAACAACAACAGCAACACCAACACCAACACCAACAGCAGCACUGCUGCCGCUGCUGCAGCAGCAGCAGCAGCAGCUUCUGCAGACUCUCUUCCAGCUUGUAUUGUGCUAGAUGCGUCUCGCAGCAUGACGGGUUGUGUGGCGCAGCAGCUGCUAACAUUGAAUAUGAGCGAACCCCUGAGGGCUUUUGCUGCUCAGUUGAGUGCUCGGCUGUCUGUACGGAGCGACAAUGCAGCGCAGCGGCUGCUGCCUUGGGCUCUAAGAGGCGGCCUCAUUAAUAAAACAGAAAAAAGAUUUAAAAGAGAGAUGCAUAGACACCGCACAGGCACGCAAAUCGCCAACUUCUUACGGCACUUUGAAUUGUCUGCUCCCCAGUGGCUGUCUUUAUUCACUAAAGUAAUUCAUCGCUUAGAGGACUUGCAGCAACGUGUUGCUGCUGCUGCUGCUGCAGCAGGCGCGGGAGCAGAAGCAGCAGCAGAAGCAGCAGCAAGGACGACGGCAGCAGCAGCAACGCGCCUCGGAGCAGCUGCGGGCUGGCCUGGCUGCACCAGCAGAGGCGUCGGGUCCUCAGAAGCAGCAGAAGCAGCAGCAACAGCAGCAGCAACAGAGGAGGAGGUACACGCGCAGCGGCUGCAUGCGCCUCUAUCUUUGCUGCUGCAGGGGCUGCAUGCAUUAUCUUCCGUCUGCAGCAGGAGACAAGGGCGCUUCUCUGUUGCGCAGUUGCUCUCAGCAUUACCUCCUUCUCUUCUUAAACCCACACAACAACAGGGGCCCCCAAUGAACAAAACAGACAAGGGGGGCCCCCCACGCAACAGAACCCUAACACAGGGGCCCGUCAUCCAACCUCAUCCUAACACAGAGGGGCCCUCAGAAGGCCCCACAGGGGGCCCCCUUACAGAGGGCUCCAAAGGGGGCCCCCUUACAGAGGGCUCCAAAGGGGGCCCCCUUACAGAGGGCCCCACAGAGGGGCCCCCGCUAAAGGGCCCCACAAGAGGCCCCCUUACAGAAGGCCCCACAGGGGGCCCCCUUACAGAAGGCCCCAAAGGGGGCCCCCUUGCACAGGGUCUUAAAGAGGGGCCCCCUCUAAAGGGCCCCACAGGGGGCCCCCUUAUAGAGGGCCUUAAAGAGGGCCCCCGUUUAGAGGGCGUCCAUGUGGGGCCCCCUGUUUUUGAGGGAUUGCAUAUGCGAGAUGUUUUAUUUAAAGAGAAGAUGCAUUUAAAAAGAAGAAAAGAAGAAGCAAAUGAAGAAGAAGAAGAAGAAGAAGAAGUGGGUAUGGAUUGCCUAGCAGUGCAAAUGGUGGCAGCCGUGGCUGCAGAUGCAAUAAAAAGAAGACAGAAACAAACAAAAGAAAUUCAAAAUAAUAAAACUGUUGAAGAAAAAGAAAACAGACAGGAUUCUGAAAGAGAGGAAAAAGAAAAAGAAAACGAAAAAGAAAAAGAAAAAGAUAAGAAAGAUACGAAGACGGAGACAGAGAAAGAUAGAGCGACAAAAAGAGGAGGUACAGCGAGAGGAGAAGACGAAGAGCGACAAAGAGAGACAGAGAGACAAAGAGAGACAGAGAGACAAAGAGAGAAAGAAAAAGAAAGAGAGAAAGAAAAAGAAAGAGAUAAAGAAAAAGAAAGAGAGAAAGAAAGAGAGAUUGAAGAUAUGAUUAGCCUUUUGCUGCAGUGUCUGUCUCCUUCUUUUAACGGGCAUUUGUCUGCAUUUGUCUUUGCUCAGCUUCGCUAUGCAUUUUACUUUGAUAGAGAAGAAAAAGAAGAAGCAGCAACAAAAUCGAAGUUGCUGCUGCCUCAGCCUAUCAACAGUGCAGAGGAGGAGGAGAAGAUUUCGCUGUAUAAACCAAAAACAUUUUAUGAGGCCUCUCUGUUGGGAUGUCUUCGUUCUUCAUCUUUGCUGCAGUUGCUGCAGCAGAUGCAGAGAAAGAAGCAGCAAAUAAAGGUUUUAUAG